CCAACUCGGUCCUCCAGCCCUUUCAGUCUUUCCGCUGGGUUUAAGUGGCCGCUGCUCCGCCACCUGAGCGCUGUCUUUCUUCUUUCUGUCGCUGCUGGUUGCCUGCGGCCGUUUGCUUGGGCGGAGUUUUGGGUCACAUUGCUGCUGUGACAUGGCUACAUGAUCGAGGGAAUGUGUACCAGGGAAGAGGCCGGCCUCCUCCUGCUGCUGCCCCGUCUGAGGCUGACGGUGCGCCCCAAGCACUCGCCACUUUACAAGGCUUCACAAGUUGGGAGAAUUUGAUCCUAGCUAGGAAUGGAAGUGGAGCUGGCUGACAUCUCUCUACAAUUUCAAUAGCCCAAUCAUCUGUGCAAAUUACUUGGUUCCAAAACUUCCAGAACAGAGAUACAGCGUUGAACAGGCGCUUCUGGGCCAACAAGCCACACCGCCCUGCACCACCACUAACCUAACCACAGCAGAAUUUACAAUGACCAACUCGCCAACCAACUGGGUGCCGUGUUGACACUGUGGUGCAGAGAAGGAUGGGGAAGAGGCGGUGCCUUCAAGCAGAGCCAACCCUCGAGCAGAAAAUAGCAGCGGGUUGCUGUGGAGUGAAGAAGCCCAAGCUAUCUGGCAGCAAUGUACACAACCAGCUGAACCACUCUGGCACUGGCCUAGGCUGUGGCUCGGUUCCUAGCCUGCAGUCUGGAACAGCCCUGGGGAACCAUCACAACUACAGCCAGAACCACAACUACAGCCAGAACCAUUGCGAGAGGAAUAAUCGGGACAGCAAUGGAAACCUGAACUCUUUGAACUCUACACUCAGCUCCGUGACUGGGCUGACUGCAGUGGGAAGUCGUCCAAACGGGACUGGGCACAGUGGGACCAGUGGACUGAAUGUGAGGAACUUGGUGGUGACCGCAGAGAUGUGCUGCUACUGCUUUGAUGUGUUGUACUGUCAUCUCUAUGGAUUCCCACUGCCCCGAUCACCCAGGUUCACCAAUGACCCAUACCCGUUGUUUGUAACAUGGAAGAUGGGCCGGGAUAAACGUCUGCGAGGCUGCAUUGGAACUUUCUCUGCCAUGAACCUCCAUUCAGGACUCAGGGAAUAUACACUUACCAGUGCCCUUAAGGACAGUCGCUUCCCCCCACUGACUCGUGAGGAACUUCCGAAACUCUUCUGCUCUGUUUCGCUACUCACUAAUUUUGAAGAUGCCAGCGAUUAUCUGGACUGGGAGGUGGGAGUACAUGGGAUUCGAAUAGAGUUUGUGAAUGAGAAGGGGGCAAAACGCACAGCAACGUACCUACCAGAGGUGGCCAAGGAGCAGGACUGGGACCAGAUUCAAACUAUAGACUCUCUUCUGCGUAAAGGAGGUUACAAAGCUCCCAUCACAAAUGAAUUCAGGAAAGCAAUCAAGCUCACCAGGUACCGCAGUGAGAAAAUAACAGUUAGCUACGCUGAGUACAUGGCCUCACGACAGCAUUACUUUCAGAAUGGCACCCUCCAUGCCCCACCUCUCUACAAUCAUUACUCCUGACAACAAGCAGCACGACCAAUCACAGGAAUCCAGCUACCACCUCAUCGGAGGUGACGCCUCCUCUUCCUGGUCUAGUUACUUUUACUACUGCACUAUUUUAUGAUGCUAGCGUUCCGUUGCCAAGCACGCCUUCGGUUAGCGCUACCUCAGACAGACUUGGCCACGGAACGCUGUGACGAAACAGUAGAAUCUCGUUUUGGGGAAGGGAGGGAUUUCUAACAAAUCUUGUUUCUGUUUCUAUACUUGUUUACCUAUGUUUGCCUUACUUUGGUGACUUGCAGGAUUCUGUGUAUGAACUGCAGGUUUUUUAGUACUGAAACCAUUGACGUACAGUACGUAGGGUGCUCAGUCUCUUCACCAAUGGAUGACGUAUCCACUGGGUUGUUGAUUUAGUCUUGCCUCCCUAAACCCAAAGGUUACUGGUUCGCAGUUUUCAUUUUGGUGAAUCGUGGGAUGUGAUUUCCCCAAAACGCUGCUCAGAGUGGGGAGAAAAUUCCAAAAUCCUGUGUAAUAAAAAUGGAGCUUUUCUUUAUUCAGUCCGCACAAGCCAAUGGUCAGUCAGUAGGUGCGGUUGAAAAUGCAGUCAGGACUGAAAUAUUUUCCGAUGUUGCUUAAAAGUCGUGUCUCCCAUGACAUGAGUAAGUAUUAACUUGAAGUAAAUAGCGGGACUUCUAAUGGACAUGCUGUGCAUUAAUUGCCAAGUGGUACGCGAUUAUGUGUGCGUACCUACAGGUCAAGCAUAAACCAAGGGUGAAUGCUGGAUUUCUUUGCACAUUAUACAAGAUGUCAGCACAGCCCCAGUUCCAGCGUCACUCUGGCAAUAAUCUGGUUACCUUUUAAUCAACAGUGUUGGAAGGGUAGUAAAAAUCUAGUUUUUUUUUGUUGGCCUCAUUUACUACUUGUAUAUCUAUAGCCCAAGCAUACAUUUUGUGAAUGAAAACCCUUUGAUAAAGUAAAUUGUAUUUACUCUCUGUCUCUGUGUCUAUGUGCAGCAUAACAAGCCUGUUCUCUAUAGCCCUACACUCACAGAACGAUCCACUGUUCAGUCUUUCUCCUGUGAAAAUGGGACACCGCAUACUAAAGUUGAAAUUUGGCAGUGCUGAAGCCAGGACUUUCAGAUUCACACAGGAGCAGCUGAAUGAUGGGAAGAUUCCAAGUUUGAAUUCCGUUCUGCUCAGAAUGAUGUGUUCUGCCACCACUCUUGGCACCCUCACAGUUCAAGAGAAUUCCAUAAUUUAUACUGAUCACAGACCAGUGGCCUGUGCUCCAAAAUGCAUUCAGUGCAUCAUGACAUGAGACGAAGUUGAGGGACGAUGUCCUCUUUUCAGAGAUGAUGGAUAGAAAACCAGAGUUUGCACUGCAUAUUUUCCACCAUUAUCCUCACUAAGUUCAACAAUUUGUGAAGCUAAUAACUGUAACUAUAUUAUAGUUUAUUGUCCUGUACUGAGGUACAGUGGAAAACCUUGCACACCAUCCAUACAGAUCUUUUCAUCACAGUACAUUGAGGUAGUACAAGGGGAAAUAAUGACAAUGCAGAAUAAAAUAUUACAGAUAUGGAUAGUGCAGGGCAGCUAGAUGAUGGGUUGCAAAGCUAUAACAAUGUAGAUUGUGAGGUUAGGAAGGAAUUUUAUUGUACUAGGGAACCACUCCAUACAUGCUUUCAGGCUUUUGUAUCUCUGCCACUGUAAGAGGAGAGGGGAGAGAAUGUCCGGGGUGAGUGAUGCACUUGAUUAUGUUUGCUGCUUUACCAUGCUAGUGAGCAGUGCAGACGGAGUCCGUGGAAGGGAAGCUGGUUUCUGCAAUAUAUUGAGCUGCGUCCACAGCUCUGAAUUGUGCUCCAAUGUACAUCGUGACAGGUGAGAGAUGAAGUUCAAGUUGAGGGUUGAUGCCCUCUCGAAUAUACAGGGAAGAUGGAACAAGAGUAGAGGAGCAGAGUUUGUAUCACCAUUAUCUUCACUAAGCCAAGCAAUUUGUGCAGCUAAUAUUUCAUUAAUGCUUUAAAAAUACGUGCACUGUGAUUAGUAUGUUAGUUUUGAAAACAAACAGGUACUUUAUCAAGCAGGGAUACAACCGCAAUGUUGUUACUAGUAAUGUCCGAAAGAAAGUGAGAGAAUUGAGCUGUCCAUAGUUGCUUCAAACCCCACUGAUUAACAGAACCAAUCAUAGAGCUCUAUGGAACAUAGAACAGUACAGGACGAGAAUGUCUCUCUCUUCAGUCCACAAUGUUUCUGCUGAAUAUGAUGCCAAA